CAUGUUACUUUGAGCGGGUUGCCACAACAUAGUCAAUGAAGAUACAACUGGCCAGACUGAACUGUCGACUGCAGUAGAUGCCGAAUGGCAGAUACUCCCUGCUCUUCCCUGGGAGGGUGAUUUGAAUGAGCUGGAUGUAAACGACGGUGCGGCACCGCACUGGAUGUCUAGAUUUGUGUCGGGGAGAGAUUCACAGGCGCGCGCUACCUGGAGACGCCGUUCUUGAGGAGCCGAAACGGAAGAUCAGUGCUCAGCAGCUGCCAUGACAGGGGUGGGGGCAGAGGAUGACAUCCCUCUCUGUGAGAGGAAAACUGUCACUGACUUCUGCUAUCUCCUGGACAAGUCCAAACAGCUUUUCAAUGGCUUAAGGGAUCUGCCUCAAUAUGGACACAAGCAGUGGCAGUCCUAUUUUGGCCGAACAUUUGACGUAUACACCAGGCUGUGGAAGUUUCAGCAGCAGCACAGACAAGUCCUGGACAACCGGUAUGGUCUCAAGAGGUGGCAGAUAGGUGAAGUGGCCUCAAAAAUUGGGCAGUUGUACUACCAUUACUACCUCCGCACUUCAGAAACAAGCUAUCUAAAUGAAGCCUUUUCUUUCUAUUCGGCCAUUCGCCAGCGAUCAUAUUACCACCAAGUCAACAAAGAAGACAGGCCUGAGCUGGUUGUAAAAAAGCUGAGGUAUUACGCUCGGUUUAUCGUUGUUUGUCUGUUGCUCAACAAGAUGGACCUGGUUAAAGUGCUAGUCAAGGAGCUUUCUGAGGAGAUUGAGGACUACACCCAGCGCUUCAACACAGAGGACCAGUUAGAGUGGAACCUGGUGCUGCAAGAAGUUGCUGCUUUUGUGGAGGCAGAUCCUCUUAUGAUCGUAAAUGAUGACAACGCCAUGGUGGUCAUAUCCAAUCGGCUGCAGGAGGGGGGUGUGCCCCCUCUUGAACAGGGCAUGGUGGUUGGCCAGCUCACCUUGGCAGAUGCACUCAUCAUUGGCAACUGUAACAGUCAGGUGAAGUUUAGCGAGCUGACCAUCGAUAUGUUUCGUAUGCUUCAAGCGCUUGAGAGGGAACCAGUGAACCUGGCCACACAAAGCUCCAAACCAGGGACACUUGUAAGAGAAGACUCUUACACUCUCCCUGUCACUCUCUAUGAGCCCAAUGAAAAGCCUGCCAAAAGAGAGAACCCUCAUAAAUAUCUACUCUACAAACCAACCUUCAGCCAGCUCUUCACUUUCCUGUCUGCCUCCUUCAAGGAGCUGCCAGCCAAUAGUGUCCUGCUGGUGUAUCUCUCUGCCACUGGAGUUUUCCCCAAUGGACGCUCUGAGUGUGAAGGACCUUAUGACUUUGGAGGUGUCCUGACCAAUACUAACCGAGAUGUGGUGAAUGGUGAGAUGGUGCAGAAGAGAAAUCAGGCACAAAAAGAGAUGCACUGCCUCCACCCAGGAGACCUUUUCCCCUUCACCAGGAAACCUCUGUUUAUCAUUGUCGACUCAUCCAACAGCACAGCUUAUAAGAAUUUCUCCAACCUGUUCGGUCAACCACUUGUAUGCCUGCUUUCUCCAACAGCAUAUCCGAAGAGCAUGCAAGACCAGUCUCAGCGUGGAAGUCUGUUUACUCUCUUCCUCUACAACCCCCUCAUGGGGUUCCUGUCUGUCUGUGGACUGAGCAGCAUGCGCUAUGGAUUGUGGGAAAAGGCUCAGGAACUCCUGCGGAAGGUUUUCCAUGACAUUGGCCAGAUGAUCACGAGUUCCCGAGUUAUAGAUCAGGCUUUUCUGCAGUUUUAUGGCGAUGAGUUUCUGCGACUGCUCAUGAUCCGUUUCGUGUUCUGCUGCACCACGCUCCGAUUACACAAGCUCUUCCGGGAAGCGAGGAGUUUUCCAGAAUCGUACCCCCAGCUGCCGAAACAGGAGAUGGUGGAGAGCAGCCUUCUACAGAAACAUGUGCUUGAGCUGGCGGCCAUGUUGGAUGUGCAAAACCUCUUCUCUGAUGGCUUGUUGGAUAACUAUUGACCACAUGGUGGCACCAUGCCAACUUCCAGACACACACACACACACACACACACACACGCUCAUGUCCAUACACGGAUACACAAGUUGUAGGUAGUUUCUUCUGAAUAAGCUGGUUGUUUAACCUAAUCUCAUUAAGAUCUAGAUAGUUCAAGAGAAAAUAUCUCAUCAUUGUGGGCAGAUAUUUACAGUUUGUCUAGUUCACAUGCAUUUCUAGAUUUUAACUAACUACACACACCCAGAUGCAAAAGCGUUGCUCCCAACAUACAGGAGAACACGGAGAUUUACUACAUGCAUGUACCGUAUGAGUGUACGAGCGCAGGCACACGGGCGUUCAGACCUGUUGAGGGAAGCUAUCGCCGUUUCUGAAGGUGAUUAGAAAGCACAAGAUAACAUAGGAGACUUCAGAAAGAGAUUUGGAAACAUUUUGUAAAUGUCAAUUGGUGUAAUUCCAGGGAGAUUCUUCCAAAAAGAUGAGCCUAAGGCUUUGACAAAACACAUUUUGGAGAAGGAAGUUUGUUUUCCCUUCUCAACACUCUGCCUCUGCAACGUUUACACAAUUUUUUCCGUAGGGAGCGUGCAGCAUGUUUGCAUUUAUUUGCUCUGUCUUGCCUUUCUUGUUUGUUUUCGUUCAUUAAAACGUGUUCGUUUUUCGUCUUGACACAAAUUUCGUGGACUUUAGCCUGGCCUUUUGAAGGAGGUCCACCGCGCUGUGCCUCUUUUGGGUUAUUUUGGUAAUCAGCUAACUGGUCCUCGAAUAAUCGCUACGUUGACACCAGAAUCUCCAUUUUAUCGAGCGCUUCUUCAAAAGAGAUUCUUUUUAGCAUGCCUCAGUAGUGUGGUAAGCCCAUACUUGCAUAGCUGAUGUAAUAACCUAAUGUCUUAUUCCAUGUGUGCAGUGGACACCAAUAGCCAACAAAGUUCUCUUUUAUAGUGUCACAGAGAUGUACAGGCGUACUCCUGUAUAUAAGUACAAAUUUGUGUAUAUAUCUAUAUAUAUAUAUAAAUAUAUGUAUAGUUCUAUAAGAAGUCAAUGUGAUGCAGAGAAGUGUUUCUGUCUGGGUUGUUUGUUGUGGCAGAUCUGUGAAAAAAAAUGACCCUCUGCAUGUGACAGGGGCAGUGUUCUUUUGUCUAAUCUGUGAAUGGACCAUGCCACUGUCUCAACUGCGCACCUUCCCGCCACUUCACACAAGUGCAGUCAGCUGACAUUCCAAGGAUCAUGGCAUAAGAGCAUGCCUCCUUCACGCCCCAUCUGUGUCAAGGACAAGUGCAUUGCAUCGGUCUAGUAAGAAGUGAUGUGAUCAAUUUUUCGUUCGGUUCAUUACGUCACGUUGAUAAUUACGAUGAUAGCGGUUACAAUAACAGCCUUGCACUUUACUUGCACUAUUUAAGUUUUAUUCUGAUGUUAUUUAUUGUGCUGUUGGCAAGAGGCAUGUCUGAUCAUUCUGUUAUGUCACACUUUUGGCAAAAAGCUCAUCCCUUUCUCCGUCUGUGAUCUCUGGUACAAAACGGCACACAUAAUGAUGGAUUUUUCAACGUUUACCAACUCUUCCCCAGAACUGCUGGUUUUAUCAUGGACAUUCAAAUAGGACCAAAUGAUUCUUGCAUGUGGAGAGCACAAGGUCCCGUAAAAUACCGUCAUCUCUCUCCUUUAGUGUAGUUUAUAUUUUAGCACGUUUUCACGUCAUAGCUGCUUCCACGCACUUAUUUAAAAAAAAAAUAAAAAACAUUCUCUUGUGUAAAAAGAGAGAAGUUUGCUAACGAACAAAUCACUGCCAAACAAAAUCAACUUUAACAUAGAAAAUCCACUGCCCAAAUUACAGUCUUGCAGGCACAAAUUGUUUCAUGGCCUAGCUUUUUAUUUUAUUUUUUAUUAUUAUACUGUUUUAGUUUGCCAAAAGGAGGAGGGCUGGAUGGAGAUGAAGAGGGAAACAGAUGGUGGAUGUCACCGUUUCCUCUCCUCUAGUUGUCUGACCUUGACUGGUGGACUGUCGAAUGUUUUUGCCUUAUUUAAUUUAUGUUAGUAUGUGUGUGUAUAAGUAUCUUAACUUCACAGCAUCCUAUAGAUUAGCUCUGUAAGUUCUCGCUCAGACUGUCCCGGGAUAGUGCUGUAUUCACACCACACACCAUUCAUCUGAGAGCACAGGGGUGAAUACGGACUUUAAGCACUUAUAUGUGAAAUGUACCACAGCAUAAACCUACCAAUUUAAGAUUUAGGGGGAAAUGCAAUACCCCUUUUUUAUUUUAUUUAAGUGUUUUCUUACCUAUUGCCCACAUUUAUGUAGUAGAUGCAUGUUAUUUAGCAGAUCUGUUAAAUGUCGAUGCCCCCUGCACCAUUGUAAUGAAUGCUGUAAAUGCAUUAGCAGCCAUGAUUGGAAGGAACAGAAAGAAAAUCAACUGCAUUUGUUUUCUAUUGUCAACAUGGGGCCAGAUCUAAGGUGUAGUAAUGGUGAUUUCUACCAGUUCCUACUGUUGUGGGAGGGAACAUUUUCAAAAGUGAUGUAAUGGUCAGAAUACUCUUUCUUUAUAAGUUAAGGGGUUCUAGAGUUGCUAGUUGAACUGCAUUGUCCAAUUGUCAUGUGUUUUUAAUCACUUAACUGUUUUGUCUUAUCUGUUGCCAAAUUAUAUUUGAUGUUUGUUGUUAAAUGCAGAGAAAAAAAACAAAACAGUGAUGAAACCAAAACAUGCAAGCUUUUUGUUUUUAAGAAUGCUAUUUAAGAAUAUUAAAAAGUUUAUGACUGUU